CAGGAAAUUAAUCAGUUUUCAUCAUGGCGGCAGGACCAUACAAUUAUUCUUAUAUUUUUAAGUACAUUAUCAUUGGUGAUAUGGGAGUUGGGAAAUCAUGUCUCCUGCAUCAGUUUACAGAAAAAAAAUUUAUGGCAGAUUGUCCACACACAAUUGGAGUAGAAUUUGGAACUAGAAUCAUAGAAGUCUCAGGACAAAAAAUUAAACUUCAAAUAUGGGAUACUGCUGGACAAGAAAGGUUUAGGGCUGUUACACGGAGUUACUAUCGAGGUGCUGCUGGUGCAUUGAUGGUCUAUGACAUUACAAGAAGAAGUACAUAUAAUCAUUUAAGUAGCUGGUUAACAGAUGCAAGAAAUCUAACCAAUCCUAAUACAGUUAUAUUUUUGAUCGGCAAUAAAUCAGAUUUAGAAGCACAGAGAGAUGUUACAUAUGAAGAAGCUAAACAAUUUGCAGAUGAAAAUGGUCUAAUGUUUUUAGAAGCCAGUGCAAAAACUGGUGAUAAUGUGGAAGAUGCUUUUUUGGAAACUGCUAGAAAAAUUUACCAAAAUAUUCAAGAUGGAAGUUUGGAUUUAAAUGCUGCCGAGUCGGGUGUUCAACAUAAACCAUCAACAGGUGGUAGACCUAAUCCACUUAACACAGACCAACAACCAAGUAAUGAAGGAUGUCGAUGUUAACAUGACUUUUGAACACUGUACAAUACAAUCUUAUAAACAUAGUCUAUAAAAUAGCCAACCUAACUAGGAACCAACCAUCAGCCAGCCAGCCAGCCAGCCAACCAUCAGCCAGCCAGAAGACGAACACCUAAGCAAUGCGUGCCUAUCCUGUAAACAGUGCUUAUCGGCAGUUAAAAGACCUACUAGCGUAACCAUGGUGUCUUAAGCAUUGACACUGAUGUGACUUGAGUUAGCUUCACAAUUGUGCUUUACCCUAUAUCUUGCACUGCGUUUUUUGAAGCACAAACGGUAGGCACAUGUAUUGGCUGGGUUAUCAAAGUUACAGUAUUAUCUCUAUUAGAAGUGCACAUGAAAAUUGUCAAGGUAUGGGCGGAUGAAAGACAAUUCAAUUCUUUUUUGCAAUAUCCACUAAAGAUAUGACAAUUUCAUUGUACAGCCACUUCUGCUAGAGACAAUACAGUGAAGAAAUCAUGUCAGUCAUGCUGACCACGUAUUGUAUAGUCAGUUGCACGGUUGGUACCAAAUUGUCUGGCAACUGGUUGGGUAUCUGAUAUUAUAGAAUCCAGAUGAAAGUUUUUUUUUAUUAUAUUUGCAGUAAUUGUAAGCAAAAUACAAAUGUAUUCAUGUGGGUUCAACAUCUUACUUGAUGCAUCCAUUUAAUAUUUGCAGAAAUCCACAGUGAAUAGAGGGGGGGGGGGGGGUCAGGGUGAUUCCUACCGUAAUAGAAACUCCACACUUUGUAAGACCAGUGACCAGAAUUUUGGAAAUUAUUUUUAUUUUACUUAUUUUAUGUUUCAUUGACCAGUUUUACGUAUCAGUUGACAAUUGCAUGAUAAGGUGUAUUUAAUAAUAAUAACAAUAUUUAUAAUUGU